UUGGGAUAUUACAGCAUACGCCAAGAAGUGCCGCAGAUUUUCGUAGUUUCUUGGGGUUAGCAGGAUACUACAUGAGGUUUAUCGAGGGCUUCUCGAAGUUAGCCCAGCCGCUGACCAACCUUACGAAGAAAGCCAUGAGGUUUGAUUGGAGUCCUCAGUGCGAGGAGAGUUUCCAGGAGUUGAAGAGGAGACUCACUACCGCGCCUGUCCUAUCUAUACCCGACCCUACUUUGGAGUUCACCAUCUAUAGUGAUUCUUCGAAGAUGGGUUUGGGAUGUGUCCUUAUGCAGCAGGGGAAAUUCGUAGCCUAUUCUUCGAGGCAGCUGAGGCCUCACGAGCAGAAUUACCCCACUCAUGAUCUCGAGUUAGCUGCAGUUGUUCACACCUUAAAGAUUUGGCGGCACUACCUCUAUGGAGGUAAGUGUGAGAUCUUUACCGACCACAAGAGCCUAAAGUACAUUUUCACUCAGAAGGAGCUGAAUAUGAGGCAGCGUAGAUGGUUGGAGCUGGUCAAGGACUACGACUGCACCAUUAGCUAUCACCCAGGGAAAGCUAAUGUGGUAGCCGAUGCCCUUAGUCGAAGGAGUUAUGGCCAGCUAUCUUGCUUGUUUACAAGGCAGGAU